UUUUAAAAGGCGCGGCUAGCACCUGGAUGCACGGAGUCACGAAGCUGUCGGUCUGAUAUUCAUGAACUUUGGGACCUGGAUUAAAAAUGAUAUUUUCUGAACGCCCAGCCUGAUGCCUGAAACUUUUGUGGGUCCGGUUGACAUCGUGUCAGUGAUCAUCAGGCCUAGUUUGGCGUCUUGUACUUGACCUACUAGCAGGUCGUAGUGAUGCAAGUAGGCCGCCGGAGCGCCAUGUUUGACAUUGCUGCGUUGGUUCGAGCAGCACACAAGCAGAGACCCGACCACGGCCUCUCAGCGGCGGCUUGUUUGGUCGCUGGCGUCCCUGAAACGUCUGAGGAGAUAUAAUGGCAUCUGGAGAUAGCAGUUGAUCGAUUAUGGAUUUACUACAAUCAAGCUGAGGAUUCCCUUCAAUCAAGCUGAGGAUCGCUUCCGUCAAAUUAAUUCAGUCGACUGAAAAUAACCAGGAUGUGGUUUUCUGAUGAAAUGCAUCAACUGUGACGCAGCAAAAGGAGACGGAGCCAUUAAAAGACGUUUCAAAGUUAAACUGACAGCAGAGAAACAGAAACAGAUUUUCUUCUUUCUGUUCUGAGCUUCAAAUCUCAGCGGCUGAAAUAAAACAAAGUCCAGCAGGAAACAAACUAAAGGGAGGAGAAGAAAUGAGGCUGACUCUACAUUUCAUUCUGACGCUGAGUUUUCUGUUUUUUCUGGAAACUUCAAUUAUAAAGUUUGAAGGAGAAAAUGUCACUUUCCAUCCAAACAUCACUGGACUUCAGAUUAAUUCCUAUUACUGGACCUUUAUGCAAAAUAAUCAAACUGAGAAAAUAAUCAAUGUGAUUAUUGGAGAGACAAAGAAAAUUCACAGAACCAGAUUUGAAGGCCGCCUGGAUACGGAUGUAAAAAAUGGAUCGAUCACAAUUUUUAACCUCACUCUUUGUGAUGGAGGAACAUUUCAGGGGGUUUUUUUCAUAGAAGGGGGAAAAAUCUCUGACCACAUCGUCAAGCUGGAGGUCAAAGACAGUGAUAAAUAUACUGAACUGAAUAUUCUGGUGGGCACCAAUGUUACUCUGAGCUCCACACUGCAAAAACUGGAGGAGGAUCAAGUUGUCUCCUGGAUGUUCGGCAAACAGUGUCCUGAAAGAGAAAUCGCCAACAAUAAAAAAAACUCCAGUCAUUAUGGAGAUCCUUUCGAUAAAGUGUUUCUUAAUCUAACAAAUGGAGACCUGAUAAUCCCUCAGAUCACAGUAAGAUUAAGUGGAAGAUACCAUUUUCUAAUAUUGAAGGGUGGACAUCCAUACAUUUCAGGAAUAUAUGAUGUCACAGUCUACGACGCUGAUGAAUAUAUUGAACAGAAUAUUCCAGUGGGCUCCAAUGCUACUCUGAGCUCCACAAUGCAAAAACUGGAGGAAUAUCAUGUCAUAUCCUGGUUGUUUGGAAAACUGUUUCCUGAAAGAGAAAUCGCCAACAAUAAAAAAUGCCCCAGCAAACAUGGAGAUUUUUUUGACAAUGUGUUUCUUAAUCUAACGAAUGGAGACCUGAUAAUCCCUCAGAUCACAAAAAGCUUUUGUGGAAAAUAUUAUUUUAAGAUAUGGAUGAGUGGAUAUUCAUACAUUUCAGAAAUAUAUGAUGUCAGAGUUUUCGAUCAGGUCUCUGUUCCCAACAUCACCAAGUCGACGGCUCCACCAACCAACGGUGUCUGCAGUGUAACCUGUUCAGUGGAGAACGGGCCUGAAGUGAACCUGACCUGGUUCAGAGGAAACAUCAGCAUCAGCAGCAGCAGCAACCAGAACGUCUCCACCCUCACGCUGCUGCAGCACAUCCGGGGGGAGGAUUCCUCCACCUACAGCUGUCGGGCACAAAACCCCGUCAGUGUGCAGAGAAAAACUCUGGACUCUCAGCGGCUGACAUGUCAUAACUCAGGAACGGCUAAGCUUUGGGUCAUACUGGUGAUUAUUCUUACCAUUCUGGUCAUGGUUGUUGUUGGGGCAGGACUUUUCAUCCAUCGCAAAAAAUGGAAAAGAGGUCAUGUUAGAGAUCCUCAAGGAUCUUAGUCAAACCGAGAGACAUCGCCUCAGAACUGCAGAUCCUCUCUGACAAGUGAAGAAUUUCUGCUGCAAAGCUGCCAAGGACCAAGUUAUGAGACAGUAAAGUGACGUAGUUCACUGACCUGCUCCACCCAAAGGGAACUGAUGGAGAACAUCCACCGCUGUUCAUCUCAGAGAGAAACUGAAGAUAAAUAAUUCAAUAUAAUUUUAUUUUAAACUUUGAUUGUAAAUCCCUGAUCUCAGUAUUUUAAUGUUUAUUCUGUAUAAUAAACAAAUAUAUUAUGAA